UGCCUUGUGCAUAAAUUGCUUUGAUGCUGCACUUUUCCGCUCUCUGCUCCUGACGCUUUUACAAGUAUGACUCGGAUGCCAGGGAUUCUUGGGAAUAGUUUUGGGCCACAAAGCUUGGUGACCAGUAGGUUGUAACCUGGCGCUCCCACUCGGAGCUCAAGUAAGGCAAAAAUAGUUGCGACCUCAGAACGAGAGCUCUGAGUUUUUAAAACUUCUCAAAUCUAACCAUUAACUCUCCUUUGCAAUGCAUUUCAAUGGUGGAAGGUUUCUUCAGCAGCACAUGUGUGCAAUGGGAUUUCAUUGAAGGUUUUUGUUCAACGCAGCCGUUGAGAGCCUGUAUACCAGUCAGUGCUUUGAAGUGCUUUGAUCUACCAUAUUGACGUAAAAUGGGGAGCAGCACGCUGACUGUCUUGUUGUGCUAAGCAGAUGGAGUAAAUUUAUUCCAUGUGUGACGCUUAUGAGGUCGACGGGUCUUUUUCAAGGAAAAAGGAAGGUGGGGAGAUCCAGAUGUGUACAGCGUCAACUGCUCCCUGGCGCAAAUUUGUUGAAUCAACAUUCUCCUCGGUUUAUAUGUGCAUGCUAUUUAAUUUGCUUCCUCGCACAUCAUCAUCUAAGUCAUUCUCAUGCGUCGGUAUUUUCCUUCUAAAAUUUGGACACCUCCCACAUGAAUGGCACCUUUGAUUGUGCUUUUGCAGCCACUUUGCCAUUCAUUAAUUCCGCUCCAUGUUUUAUGUGAGUUCAGGGUCAAGUAGGAAGUGCUUUGGUUUCUUUGGCACAUGGCUUGGUCCUGGUUUGGCCUUCCCCCAACAUGAGAGUCAAAGUUGGCGUCUUGUGUUACUUGUGCAAACACGCAUUGAUGUCUGAUAUAAUCCCCUCCACCCCCUUUCUCCGUGAGGUUCAAAGAGGAGAGAGGUAUUUUGUGAAGCGGGGUGGUGUGAUGGGAGUUCCUGCUGCAGUUCAUCUGAGUUUAAAUGACGGAGACGUCUGAAGUUGAAGCAGCUGUCUUUUCAGCGGUGACAAUGUGCAUCAAACCACUUGAAGUACUUGUGCAAUACAUUCUGCUUAAAGCAGGCCAACAACAUCAGGUUUUGCUUCAAGCAUUCCAACACUGCACCUGUGUGUGCAAAUCAUUUGUGUGUGUUAACAUUGGCCGGCUGGGUUGUAGAGGUGGGCACGAUACACGGACAGCAGGAGGCAGCAAACUGCCUGGUUUGCAUGCGACUCUAUUUGUUGACUGGCACUGUGAGGUGACUGAGAGCCUCAGAACCGGUGGGGGAAAGAGACAGAGUGGGAGGGGGUUUGCAGAGCCUACGAGUGCGAGGCUAAGCAGGCGGUAUGGAGAGAAAGGGGCUACAGAGAGAGAGUCAGCAAAUGGUAACUGUAGCCUCAGUUUGUCUGAGAGUUCGACUACCCUGAACUUUCAGAAGUGCAGCAAGAUGAAGGAGCUCUGUGUGCACAACUCCCCAUCUUCCUCUGCAUCUCCUGGGUGUUCGGCGGGCCAGUCCACCAGACGAUCAAGCCAUUCCGGGACUCUUGGACCUCAAUGCAUGGUGCCAGGGGGCUCCAGCAUGGAUUUAGAUCCUCUGGGGCCUGACUACGUGUCCAUGUGUCUGUUGGCAGAUGAGUCCUACCAGAAACUUGCUAUGGAGACCAUGGAAGAGCUGGACUGGUGUCUGGACCAGUUGGAGACCAUCCAGACCUACCGCUCUGUCAGUGACAUGGCAUCCAACAAGUUCAAAAGGAUGCUGAACCGGGAGCUAAGCCACCUGUCUGAGAUGAGUCGCUCAGGCAACCAAGUGUCAGAGUACAUCUCCAACACCUUCCUAGACAAACAGAAUGAGCUGGAGCUUCCAUGUCCUGUUCCCAAGUCAAGGGAAAGGAAGCGGAGGCAAGGCCAGCAGCAGCAACAGCAGCAAGGUGGAAUGAUGACUCAAAUCGGCCAGGUGAGGAAGGGCAGCUACACGCCCUGUGUCUCUGGAAGCACCAACAGCCGCUUUGGAGUCAAGACAGACCAGGAAGAACUGCUGUCGAAGGACCUGGAGGGCAUCAAUAAAUGGGGACUGAAUAUCUUCAAGGUGGCAGAGCACUCUCACAACCGGCCCCUCACAUGCAUCAUGUACGCCAUCUUCCAGGAGCGAGACCUGAUGAGAACAUUCAAGAUUCCAACAGACGCUUUUGUGACGUUUAUGCUGACCUUGGAGAGCCACUAUCACUCUGAUGUGGCCUACCACAACAGCCUGCACGCCGCAGACGUCGCCCAGUCCACUCACAUCCUCUUGUCCACUCCAGCACUGGAUGCUGUCUUCACUGAUCUGGAGGUCUUGGCAGCUAUUUUUGCAGCUGCAAUUCAUGACGUGGAUCACCCGGGAGUGUCCAACCAGUUUCUAAUCAACACCAACUCCGAGCUGGCUCUGAUGUACAACGACGAGUCGGUACUCGAGAACCACCACCUGGCCGUGGGCUUCAAACUGCUGCAGGAAGAGAACUGCGACAUCUUCCAGAACCUCACCAAGAAACAGAAGCAGACUCUCAGGAGGAUGGUGAUAGACAUGGUUCUGGCAACUGACAUGUCGAAACACAUGAGCCUGUUGGCAGACCUGAAGACGAUGGUGGAGACCAAGAAGGUGACCAGCUCUGGAGUCCUCCUGCUGGACAACUACACCGACAGGAUGCAGGUUCUCCGUAACAUGGUCCACUGUGCUGAUUUGAGCAAUCCCACCAAGCCUCUGGAUCUGUACCAGCAGUGGACAGACAGGAUCAUGGAUGAGUUCUUCCACCAGGGAGACCGGGAAAGGGAACGGGGUAUGGAGAUCAGCCCCAUGUGUGACAAACACACAGCAUCGGUGGAGAGGACGCAGGUGGGCUUCAUUGACUACAUCGUGCAUCCUCUGUGGGAGACGUGGGCCGACCUGGUCCACCCGGAUGCCCAGGACAUCCUGGAUAUGCUGGAGGACAAUAGGAACUGGUACCAGGGCAUGAUCCCCCAGAGCCCCUCCCCUCCCUUCUACUCUAGUGACAGAGAGGGCGGAUCACACGGGGAGGUGGAGGGGGCCCCCGUGGCAAGCAAGUUCCAGUUUGAACUGACGCCGGAUGACCAGGAAAGCGAGAGCGCAGAGAUGGAGUCGGCGGUGUGCGACGGCGUGACGCUCCAAGGCCAUCCCUCACAUCACGAUGGGGUCGACACGGCGACACGUGACGUCUCCCCAGCGGAGACAUAGCUGGACUGAGGGCUGGAUGUGAGGGAUGAGAGUGCAGCAUCUGUUUUGCUGUUUUGGCUUCAUUUAAUUGCAGUGGAGCAAUCCUGCAAUGGAGCUCUUUGGAGCUUCCUGGCUGAAAGGGCCUUUCUGAAAAUGGGGCACCCCUGCUAAAGAGGCUUGGAAACCCUGUGGCGGUGUGCUUUGGACGGUGGGCGAUUUCUGUCAGACAGCAGAGACUCGGAAGUCACUGGCAAAGAAGGGGAAGUGGACAUUUGUGUACUGGGACAAGUGAAAAUUCCAAACUUGCACUUAAGGACGUUUGUUAUAUUUUUUUUUUAAAAAAAACUCUAUUGUGUUUCGAUUGGAUGCCACGUGGUUAAGUGUCCAGUUAAAACUACUGGUCAGCAAGUCCUUUUUUUUUUCUAACACGUCUUAAAAAUGUGUGUGUGCCUUUUUCUUUUCUUUUUUUUACAACCAUGUCCUUUUGUGAGUGUAUAUAUAAUUUAUUGAACACAUCCAUGUAGCUGUAAAAUGUUACGUUUUCUACAGAGAGGACACAUUUGUCUCACACCGUCUUCCUAAUGUUCUGGCAAUAGCUUGUUCUCACUGAAGCUUUCAGUGGCUGCAUCUCUAAAAUCACUUUGACUUCCCGGCACAGUUUGCACUUUGUGGCCAAAAGACGAGAAAACCAAAAUCAUAUUGUAUUUUCCCCCCAAAAAUGACCACCACUUAAGUAACUUGUCGGUUCCGAUUUGUUGACAUUUAAAAAAUCCAAAUACCGUGUAAUUAGAGCACUGCCCUCCUGCAAAAGUGUUCAUGUUGGCUGAAGGCUGACGUCACGCAAGCUAAUUAAGUUAAACCUCUCGAAUCAUUUCUGGGAGAAGAUCCCAUAACUUUGGUUCCGCUUCGGAACAAAUUAAUGUCAGCUUCCUUCCAUGAGCUCACACGCUUGCACCUGCUGUGGUUAAGCAGCACCUCCAGUCCUGUGAAUUCACUUUACAGCGUGACUCAUUCUAAACUUUAAACGACUGUAGACACACAUAUGCACACCUAAAGACACCUGUUAGUGACAUAAUAAUUGUAUCUUGUAGUUUUUAUUGCGGCACUUUGACGACAGUUCUGCAGCUGGUUGCUUGAUCUGUCCAACUCAACCUUCAAGGUACCACGUUGUUGAGUGCAACCUUCAGUAAAAGUUGGCAUCAUGUCAUGGCAUGAUCCACCUCCUAUGUGUGAGUGUGUGCGUGCGUGUGUAAGCGGUCACAUAAUUGCACAAACUUGCUGCACCCAGCCUUGUAGUGCUGACCCUUCCGCUGUUUGUAACAGUGUAUUUAUUAUCAUGUUCCUUGUACAGUAUACUAUUGAUAUUGAUGGAAAAUCGUCACUGUAUAUUUGUUAUUUAUACGCACAACCAUGUGUCAAAUAUUAGUUUGACUGAACUUGUCUGGUGGUUUCUGUUUUAUUGUGCUCAACUAUUUUUGUUUUAAGACCAUAACAUUAUGCAGUUCCUGCACGAUUUGGUUUGGGGAACGUUUGGAUCCACCUCUUUUCGGGGGUGCGGAAGAGUUUUUGUUUGAAUGGGAGUGUAGUAUAAUGUGUACGGUGCCGGGUCAUUGUACAGCUAGCUUUUCAGCUUCCUCACAAUACUUAUGGUCAAAUGGUAUAUAUUGUGCUCAACAAAUGUUUUCUAUCAGAUUAUUAAAAUGGGCAUGUAUUACAGAAA